UUUCUCACACUCCAUUCGCAUCCACACGCAUAAGCACUCGACUUUUCUGUACAAAAGACUAUCUCGCUCUCUACUUUUCUCAUAACAAACAUCAAGUCCAUUCAUACACCUAUAACAGAACCAAAGAAAUAAUAACAAUGCCAGAAGGAAAAGCCGUCGGUAUCGAUCUCGGAACUACUUACUCUUGUGUAGCUGUUUGGCAGAACGACCGUGUUGAGAUCAUCGCCAAUGACCAGGGUAACCGCACAACCCCCUCCUAUGUUGCCUUCACUGACACUGAGCGUCUCAUCGGAGAUGCUGCCAAGAAUCAAGUAGCAAUGAACCCGACCAACACUGUGUUCGACGCCAAGCGCUUGAUCGGUCGCCGCUUCGACGAUAAAGAUGUCCAAUCUGAUAUGAAACAUUGGCCUUUUAAGGUCAUCGAAAAGGCUACCAAGCCUUAUAUUCAAGUUGAAUACAAAGGAGAGAAGAAGGAAUUUACCCCAGAGGAGAUUUCAUCCAUGGUCUUGACCAAGAUGCGUGAGACUGCAGAGGCUUACCUUGGUACUACCGUCACCAAUGCUGUCGUCACCGUCCCUGCAUACUUUAAUGACUCUCAGCGUCAGGCCACAAAAGACGCUGGUAUGAUUGCUGGAAUGAACAUUCUCCGUAUCAUCAACGAACCCACCGCAGCUGCCAUCGCCUAUGGUUUGGACAAGAAGACAGCAGGCGAGAAGAACGUUCUCAUCUUUGAUCUCGGUGGUGGUACGUUCGAUGUGUCCCUUCUUACUAUUGAGGACGGUAUCUUCGAGGUCAAGGCCACUGCCGGUGACACCCAUUUGGGAGGAGAAGAUUUCGAUAACCGUCUUGUCAACCACUUCGUCCAGGAAUUCAAGCGCAAGCACAAGAAGGACCUCUCUUCCAACCCUCGUGCUCUCCGUCGUCUUCGUACUGCCUGUGAACGUGCUAAGCGUUCCCUGUCAUCCUCUGCUCAAACUUCCAUUGAGAUUGACUCCCUCUUUGAGGGUAUUGAUUUCUAUACUUCCUUGACCCGUGCUCGUUUCGAGGAGCUCAACCAGGAUCUCUUCCGCAACACCAUGGAGCCCGUUGAGAAGGUUCUUCGCGAUUCUAAGAUCGAUAAAGGCGCUGUUGACGAGAUUGUCCUUGUCGGUGGUUCCACCCGUAUCCCCAAGAUCCAAAAGAUGGUCUCUGACUUCUUCAACGGUAAGGAGCCCAACAAGUCUAUCAACCCAGAUGAAGCCGUUGCCUAUGGUGCCGCUGUCCAGGCUGCGAUUUUGACCGGCGAUACUUCCGAGAAGACCCAGGACCUUCUCCUGCUCGAUGUCGCUCCUCUGUCUCUUGGUAUUGAGACCGCAGGAGGUGUCAUGACUGCCCUUAUCAAACGUAAUACCACUGUUCCCACUAAGAAAUCAGAGACAUUCUCUACCUAUGCUGAUAACCAGCCUGGCGUUUUGAUUCAAGUCUAUGAAGGUGAGCGUGCUCGCACCAAAGAUAAUAACUUGCUCGGCAAGUUCGAGCUCACAGGUAUUCCUCCCGCACCUCGUGGUGUUCCUCAGAUCGAGGUCGUUUUCGAUAUUGAUGCCAACGGUAUUUUGAACGUCUCUGCUGCUGAGAAAUCCACUGGACGUGCAAACAAGAUCACCAUUACCAACGAUAAGGGUCGCUUGUCCAAGGAGGAUAUUGAGCGCAUGGUUGCAGAGGCCGAGAAGUACAAGGCCGAGGAUGAGGCCGCUGCUUCACGUAUUCAGGCUAAGAAUGGACUCGAGUCUUUUGCAUUCAAUAUCAAGAACUCAUUGAAUGACGAGAAGGUCGGCGGUAAGCUCGAUGCCGCUGACAAGAAGAAACUCGAGGAUGCUUGCCAAGAGGUUAUUAGCUGGCUGGAUGGUAACCAGGAAGCAGAAAAGGAAGAGUUUGAGGCCAAGCAGAAGCAUCUUGAGGAGAUCUCUAACCCCAUCAUGAUGAAGAUCUAUGGCGCUGCUGGUGGACCAGCUCCAGGUGCUGCUGGCGGUGCUCCUGGUGGCUUCCCUGGUGAGGGCGGCUCUGAGCCAACGAUCGAGGAGGUUGAUUAAAAGAGACAACCCUAUUCUCCACGAGAUACAAUAAUUCAUAUUCAUUCGCCUGUAUAUUUUUCCCCCUUCAUCAUUUGCCAUAGCAACAAGAGACACUGCAAAUCAAUUUUCGAAAGCAAAAAAAAAAAAAAACCAGUUAUUGCGAGC